GAGCGGCACAGGGACUAUUGAAUGUACUAGGACACUGUUUGGAAUAUAACAAAGCAGUACCUGAGCUGACAGUGAGGGACGGAGAAACGACCAGACAGAGGAGGAGAAUAAACAUUUCUAGGUCUGCCUUUUGUCUUAAAGCACUAUAUUUUUUGGGGGGGAAGAAGGGAGAAAGCGGGAAGAGAAGGUCAGGAAAGAGGGAGAAAUAGGGAAUGGGGGCGAAAGAGAAGGAGAGGAACUGAUUGACAAAGAUAUUUCUAAAGGAUGGCGCUGGAUAUCUUUUGAUAGAAAUUAAUAGAACAAUUCAAAUUAAUAAUAAUAAUUUUAAAAAAACAACAACAUCAAAAAAGCUUUCAUUGCUUCCAACUCCAGUCUUGCUCAGCCUUCUCACUCAUAGUUAUAUGCUGACAGGCAACGGAAUGGAGGGUCUUGCUGGAAGCAGCCCUCACAGAAUGAAAAAGAGAAUGAUUUUAUAAUGACAUUGAAUGCAGUUGACAGUAACACGAGAAAAGGGGUUGUCAACUGGGACAGACAAAGCCAGACUAUACCACAGGACACAGGUAUACUCAUAAGAGAUACUGAUUUAAUUCAUAACAAUCCAUCAUUCAUUAUCAUCAUCUCCAUCAUCACCAUAACCAUCACCAUCUUUAUGUACUGGGCUGUGCAUUGAAAUACAUGUUUGUAGAGAAUAUGUUUGAUAAUGUACUGUAUUAUUGAUUUUUAAGCAUCACUGUAACCUGUAGCCAUUCCACAUCAUAACAUUGUCAUCCUGAGAAAAUAAUUUGACAGUAAUCGAACAAAACUGGAUUCAGGCUUCACAUAAUCAGUAAAUGAUGAACAUAAUUGUUCCUUCAUGAGUUCUUCUGUCAUAAUUUUAUACAUAUUUUACAAGAAGCUUCAGUCAUUCUUCUUCACCAUUGCCUGUGACCAUGUUGCUGCUAUAUUUAUAAAUGUAUUUGUACCCAAAUAAUAUAAUGACAGUUAAUGUUAAAUAUAUCAAACAAGGUUGCUGCUCUUUUUAACCUCUUUUCAUUGUAAGCCAAAAAAUGUCUUAUGUUUGUUGGAUUAAUUACAGUCUUUUUUUUACAUUCCAUUGAAAAUUAUUAUGAAUUGACAGUCAUUAGUAAUGUAAUUUAAAAUGUAAUUGCAUGCAUUUAAAAAGCUAAAAUGUAAUUAAAAGCCAAGGACAGAAUUUGGACAGCACUGGCACCUCAUUACUUGCCGCUCUUAUUUCCUGUUAUCAGGAAGACAGACACUGUUGCUGUGUUAGUGUGCCAGUAAGUCAGAGUGUUGGUGCCAACAGGGUGUGGACAGGUUGUGUAACUUACCGUGCACAUUUCAGAGCGGUGAAAGGCAGGACUCAGAGAAAGAGACGGAGUUGGAAGGAUAAAAGUUGAAUGCACUGCCGAGAGUACGCAGGAGAACACACAGAUCAACAGAUCAGUUGAAGUGGGAUAGACACCGGAGAGUUGCAGAAACACACAGGCACGCACACACACACACACACACGCACAGACAAACCAAGAAAAGCAAAGGAAGACAAUGUGCAACAAAUAAAAAAUAAAAAAACAGAACAAAGAAAAAAGCUAAGGAAAGGAGUGAAGUCUCACUCAUCCACCUCGCAGUCCCGUCACUGGUCACUACUGGUCACUCGUCUCUUCUACAAAACUGAAGAAGAAGAGCCCGAGGAGGACAGAGGAGGUGAAGGGGGGCGAGGGAGGUUUUCACGGAGCCGAGAGGCACUUUCACAGACACGGAGAGAGGAGGAGAGCUGUGGUGGCACCCCUCCUCUCGGCCCAUCAUCAACUGCGAGGCUGGCUGGCACAGCCAUGGCGUUCACCUUCGCCGCCUUCUGCUACAUGCUCACUCUGGUGCUGUGCGCCUCCCUCAUCUUCUUCAUCAUCUGGCACAUCAUUGCAUUUGAUGAUCUUCGCCAAGACUUCAAAAAUCCCAUUGACCAGUGCAACCCAACUAGAGCAAGGGAAAGAAUACGGAAUAUUGAAAGAAUCUGUAACUUACUGCGAACUCUGGUGGUCCCAGAGUACUGCAUCCAUGGGCUGUUCUGCCUGAUGUUCAUGUGUGCUGCGGAAUGGGUCACCCUGGGACUCAACAUUCCCCUGCUUUUAUACCACCUGUGGAGAUACUUUCACCGACCGGCCGACGGUUCCGAGGUGAUGUAUGAUCCCGUCAGCAUCAUGAACGCAGACAUCCUCAGUUACUGCCAAAAAGAGUCCUGGUGCAAGCUGGGCUUCUAUUUGCUUUCUUUCUUCUAUUAUCUCUACAGCAUGGUCUACACUUUGGUGAGCUUCUAAGACCAGAGGACAGCAAAAGAGCAAGAAGGACGUGACUCUUCAUCCUUGUCCCCCAUCGCUCUGUCACAGGAUGAUCCUUGCUUCUUUUUACGCUCUUCUUGUUGUUGGGAAUUCACAUAAAGACAAGCUGGGGAAAACAUUUCUUUUUUUCUACUGAGAACCAUUAGAGAGGGACGGAACACUGCCAUGCUCAUCAACGCUGCCACUGGGAGAAGACAAGAGGAAGAGAGAGAGGACAAGAGAAAUGGGGAGAAGACAAGAGAAAGAGAGAGAAGACAAGAGAAAGAGAGAGAAGACAAAAGGAAGGGAGAGAAGACAAGAGGAAGAGAGAGAAGACAAAAGGAAGGGAGAGAAGACAAGAGGAAGGGGGAGAAGACAAGAGAAAGGGAGAGAGGAGAAGAGAAAGGGAGAGAAGACAAGAGAAAGGUAGAGAAGAGACAGAAGAGACGGUGAAGACCUGAGGUGAAGGGGACAGUUAAGAAGAACCGAGACCACAUCAGAUGAGAAAAAGGAGAAUAACAGAUGGGAGUUGCUUUGUACACAAACAUAAUCCCAAUUGCAUUUACCAUUAUUAUUGAAUGACAGAAAUAUAUGUUUUUAUCUUGCAUUCUCAUCUAAUAAUCAAUUUCAAAAUGAUCCCUUUUCAUCAGAGAGAAAAAUCCUGGCAGGACAGGGCAAAUAUUCUGGGCAGGGGAGGGUCUGUCUCUUGCAUAGGAGACAGAAACAACCUGCUGAAGAACACAUGCCCCUUGGGACCAUUGUUCCACAUACUACCUGCUGUGAUCUGUGCAGGUUUCCACAACAUGGUCAUACGAUUACAUUACCUGACAUGGGAGCUUGUGUUUGUGUAUCAGCACCGUAUUACUAUCGAUACAGAGCCAGGGUUUGUACAACCACAGUCCCUGAAGAUCUACAAUUUGCAUUCCAAAUGGACUCUUCUUAGUUACCGACUUGAAUGUAUUGGCCAAGCCUUGGGAUUAGCCUUUAAACCUUGUCCUAGCUCUAGAAAACCUUCAGCUAUAAGAAGACACAGGAAAGCAUGCCGGAUUGAAACAGGGCACAUUAGUGCGGUGAUUAAUGUUGUGAUGAGCGAAGCAGUCUCUGCGAACCUAUUCACGGGAUGAGCAGCCAUCUGCUGAAAUGUUUGGUUCCUCUGAACCAAACAAAAUACUUGGCUAACCACAACAAAACACUAACAGGAUCGGAUAGAUAAAUGAUGGCACGUGCGCAUUAAGUGAUACAGUACAUUUUUUAAAAAUCACGCUUGUUGUUUAACACAACAAUCUGUGCAUAUAUCUUGGCCUAUAUAUUAGAAUAGCACAGAAGAAGAAAACAAUACAAUUUAAAAUGGUAGACCACUAUACUGGUUUCUGUACUUUGUGUAGAGAUUAUAAACAGCUGCACAUCAGUGUAUCCAUAUGAAAGAACUAAUAUAAUGUAAUUAAAUGAUUAUGUGAUCAUUCACCUAGAUGUUUGUGAUGACACAAAUACACAUUUAGGGUGAUAACAGAUCUGUUCAACAAAAUGAAAUCACUGAAGACCAGUGCUUUCAAUGAUAAACUUAAGACUUAUGACCUCAACAGGAAAUUAAUUUUAACUGUGCAAAUACACAGUCAUAUAUAUUAUAUGCCUGUCAACAGUACUAGUUUACUGUUGAUGGGGUCAUUCUUUGUAAUGGAUCUUUGUAAUACACAGGGUUGUUUACAAUGAUAAUAUGCUGGACCAACAUACUCCAGUCAAUGUCAAGGACCCAUGUCUACAAACCUCAAUAUGCUGUAGUCUAUGAGGAAUACUACAUUAAUAUUUUGGGCGGAAAAAACCUACUGUUGGCACCGCUCUGGAUUUCCCACUACGGAAAAGAAGACCUGGAUACUGAUUGCACGGAAGGCUUCAGCCUCCGUCUGGUAACAGCUUCAGGAAUGUAAACAUGGCCUCGAAAUGUCUUUUAACACGGGGGAUCAGUUAGGAAAAGGCUUAAGAAAUAAUGUAAGAGCAGGUGCAAUGCACAGCUCAGUCCGUAUAAUACCUUCUUUGAGCAAUUCUACAAGAAUGAGCUGCACAUAAGCUGGAAGCAAGAGUCCAGGCAUACUGUGAUGAGGACCUGCAGGUCGUGCACAUGAACAAUAGAUAUUGACAGCUAAAAUGAGCAUAGUUUUGCCAGGAACGGAAGCAUAUACACAAAGAUUGUGCUGUAUCAAUAAUUUGAAUGAAGGGUGUGUAUGUGUCUAACAAUUAAAUCGUCAACUGUUUACAGAACAGACUGGACUGGAAAAUGUUUCUACAUGGACAGGAGUACAUUCCUGCCCUGCGAAAAUGUACCUCUUUGUGUCAAAUCCAUGUGUUCACAAGUCUGUUCACAUGUACGUAUAUAUAUUUAAACAAUGGUUUGAUUUAGGGGGAGAUUGAAUCAAAGUACAAAGUGGUUUGGCCUUCUAUAUUAUAUUUAAGGCAGGGCCGUUUUUUUACACUCAAAUGAAAACUGAACAACCACUGUGUACAUAUUUGUUGUAUCAAACACCAAAUGUUCAGCAUUUUUGUGACCAUCAACUGAAUACAUUUGAUUUUAUGAAAGUAUUAUCUAUUAUUCAAUUGCUUACAAAUCGUUUAUGCGUGAUGAACUAUUAUUACUGUUUCUUCUGGAUUAUUUAUCUGUAUCCAUAUCCAUGCACACAUUGUUGCACACUAAAUACCCUUAAAUGUGUAAUAACAAUCACAGUGACAAUACUCAAGUUCCACAGGCUUGACACACAGGUCCAUCCCAUCUGAACUUUGAUUUAAUCACCCCUAAUUGGGUGCCGGAGAGCUGACUGCACACUGUGUGAAAACCACUGUAGCUGAUUUGAGAAAGGAAAUGUUUGAGUGCUAAUCAGGAUCAAGCAGGCUGGUUUUCCUCCAGUACUAAUAAGGGAAUCAUGGUAAUGACAAACAUGUCAAUCUGACUCGCCUGCCAUUUUACUGCCAACCAAAAUGUCUCCUGUUCUUGUGAAGAGAAAUAACAUGGUGUGUUGGUGUGUUUUGUUACUAACCCCUGUUACUUAACCCCUCUCUCUUCUCCCCUGACCCAUCGUUCCCCUGAACAACACGAACCAAUCAAGGACAAUCCUCAAAGCACAAAAUGGGGGAAAUGGGCAGAGGGGGAGAGGCAGGGGGAGUGAGGCACCACAUUAUGUUAUUUUGCUAAACUAUAAUGCAAACGGACAAAAAUAUAUAUAUUUAAAGUGAAGAACAACUAUUUGUAACCAUAUUUUAUAUCUCAUAACCCAAUGUGUGCUCCCAUUGUUGUGAUCACUCUAGUUUGUACUUGAACUGAGAGGAUAUUUGCAGUCCAAUAGAAUGUCAUAUGAUAUAUUAAAGAAUGCUAUUCUACAUACUGUAGGCCUUCAUAUUCUAAUAAAACAGCCAAAUAUGUGA